AUGGCACCCCACGAAGGAUUAGUCCAUCCCAAGGAAUAUGACAUCAAAGACAGCAAUGUGGAGCUGAUCGGAUCGGACCUCGACCACCGCGUGAAACACAAGUCCGCCAUGACAGAGCCCGCCUGGAACAACGGCAAGGUGGGCCAGGAGCCGGGCCUGCUGAUCUGGCGGAUCGAGAACUUCGAAGUUAUCCCAUGGCCCAAGGAGCGCACAGGCGAGUUCUACGACGGGGACAGCUACAUUGUGCUACACUCAUACAAGCUCGGCGACAAACUCGGCCACGACAUCUUCUUCUGGCUGGGCAGCAAGACCACGCAAGAUGAGGCUGGCACCGCCGCCUACAAAACAGUCGAGCUGGACGAGUUCUUGCAUGGCGCAGCCACCCAGCACCGCGAGGUACAGCAGAGUCCCUCAGCGGAGUUCCUGUCGCUGUUCCGCCGUAUCUCGAUCUUGUCAGGCGGCGUGCGCUCUGGAUUCACUCAUGUCGAACCCGAGACGCCCAAGGAGGUGCUGAUGCUGCUCCGCAUCUUCAAGCACCCCGGCGCGGGCCGCAUCGACUCCAUCAUCGUGCACGAGGUCGAACCGACCUGGCAGAGCCUCGACGAGAACGAUGUCUUUAUCUUGGACAAGGGCGACAAGAUCUGGGUCUGGCAGGGCAAGAGCUGCAGCCCGAUGGAGAAGGCCAAAGCUGCCCAGGUGGUCCAUGACCUGACUCUAGCGAAGCAUAUCGACGUGGAGGUUCUAUCACAGCUUGAAUCGCGAUCCAAGAUCAUUGUGGACUUACUCGGAGGCAAGGACGUCGAUGCUUCCAAACUCCAAGCUCCGCGGCCCGGGUUCUUUUCUCGGAGUGCAGGCCACGACGACGCCCAGGCUCGUUCGCACAAGUUGUUCCGGCUCAGCGAUGCCUCGGGGUCGCUCUCCUUUGAUCUGGUCAAGGAUGGGCAGCGCGUGCAGCGGAACGAUCUCGAUGGAAACGACGUCUUCCUUUAUGACGUCGGUAACAGACUGUGGGUCUGGCAGGGCUUGGGUGCCAGUGAAAAGGAGAAGGCUUUGUGGCUCAAGGUCGCCCAGGCUUACAUCCGUCGGCUUCAGGAACAGCAGAGUUCCGACGCGUGUCUGACCCCGAUUGCAAAGGUUGUUCAGGGCUAUGAAAGCCCUGCAUUCUUGAAAGCGAUCGAAGCUUAG